AACCCAUCUGGGCUGUGGUCGCGAAAGAAUGUGAAGGCCAGCGGGUUAUAGUGGACACAACCAUGUACCCCUUAUUCUACUGGGCCUGUCAACACGAUUUCUGGCCCUGAAAAGCUGAAAGGAGAAGGGGGUGCACAAGAGGAACCCUCGAUGGAGGUUUUUGUAUGGCUUGGGCAUAUAUGCCGUGGUCCUAGGCUAACCGGUGAAAUUCCUGGGUAUUGCAGGCGCUCACGUCGAUUGUCCUUCGGUGAGAAGUCGUUUGGAAACGUUCGGGACAGACCACUUCCCGUACCGGAACCGGUGGCUGGAUCGAGUUCCAAAUGUUCCUUGUCGUGUGCGAGGAAGAUGUCGUGUGUUAACACUAGUAGGGGCUUUGUAGGCAGAGAUGCGGAUGAAGUCGCGUCAUGUGGAAGUUGCCGAUCCUCCCGUGCUCCCAAAAACCAGGACUGCGAAACCAUCGCGAUGAGUAUGGUGACAAGUGUCUCCGGGAUGCAAACGGAGAUGAGGAAACUUUCGGCCACGCUGUCCCGGCAUGAUGCCCUUGUACAAGAAGUGAGAGAUGCCAUCAAGCUACUGAGAAGAGACAAUUCUGCUGUGUCCCUGAACCCGGUUCCAUUUGGGCACUGCGCCACUUGCAGGUGCUACAAGGGGGAGGCCACUGCGAUGUCAAAAAAGCGGACCAUCGACAGCCAGCUAUGAACUCCGAGGCAGGGCAAGGGUCUGUCAUCUCGUCCUAUCAGCGACAUGACAUUCACAGUUGACCAUAUUACAUUCAGCUCUUCGCGGAAGAAGAAACCCACAAGAAAGAACCUCUGGCCCCAGAAAAAGUCCCCCGCAAGCCCCUCGCCGGAAGUGGUCGAUUUGACUUCCGAGCAUGUGUGGGAUAGCCUAAAAUGCAGGAAUCCCCCUAAAGAAGGCACUGGAUGCAUGCGUCUCCCCACUAGGGUUCAGAGCAAUUACUAUCCCACAGAGAACGAGGACGUGCUCGAUGGUUGGCAGGGGAUGGCGAUGAAACUCGAACAAGUUCCCCGAACCAUGAACCUUGCAUUCCAGCCGCAGAACGACAUGAAUCUGUCUCCAGUUGAGCUGGCUGUGGCGGCUUACGUCUUUUGCAGGGAUCUUCCCCACAGCGAACUACUAGUGGAUGUCGGCGAAUGCAUCGCUAACAGGGCAGCCCUGAUGACCCUUAUUCUGAGAGCGGAGGUUGUGGACGAUGUUCUAAACAUGGUCGUCUGGAUGCUCAUACGGACUUCAAAACAAACUCAGUGGUUCCUCCCCACAAGCAUCGUGCAAGCCGCACUCGAAGGCCGAAUGCUUACCUCAGGCACUGCCACCUCGCUUCGUAACAACUACAUGCGGUGCAAGGUGGACAUGGUCACGAGGAUACAUCAACCGAUGUGGUGUGAUGGUCACUGGUAUCUCAUGAUAAUUGAUGUAUCCCGCAUGAAACUCAUUUACCUGGACUCGCUUCGAGAUCCUGCCCAAGCAGAAGCAAGGAAGAUCGGCAUGACGCGUGUGGAAUUGUACCUUGAAGGGCUGAUGUUGGGACGGUCUUGGCUCUCCGGCAACUGCUCAACUCGACCCAGGUUUUCAACGUUCGAUUUUGAAGAGCCUAAACUGCCCCAGCAGGAUCAGAAAUCAAUGGACUGCGGCAUGUGGGUGGCACAGUGGAUGAUUAGGGACCAUCUGUGGCAGGAUUAUAGUGUCCAGAACGUCAGCAGCGCAACGCAUAUGCGCUUGGCAGUAGAUCUGGUGAUGAAGUCGCACAACGACAUGGCCAGCGACAUCGUUGCCAAAGCCGUUGCUCACUGGUAGGUGGAGGCCGAGUAGCCAUCGCCCUUGAAAAAGUUUCGGUCCUAUAUUGUCUGCAUACCCUUUUUGGUGCAUCUCCAACAACCGUGUGGCCAUUUUGGAACAACUUGGAGCCCCACCUUAGGUUCAGAUUUGGGUUGCGUACAGCACUUUUGGAGGUCAAACGACCAAUUUUUUGUUCCCAGCUCUUGACCUGGCAUAGGAAAUGGUCUUCCACUUCGGAAUUCUAUAACGUGUCUCGGCUAAUAGGUCAGGUGCCUUUGAAGCCGUGGAAGACUUAUAGCACCAUUCUGUAUGAAGACAUUAUGCAACUCUAACCAUUUUGUAUAAAGACAUUAUGUACCAGCGACAAUGUUCUUAAAUAUAUAUUGUUAAAGACCAAACAAUGGUCAAGAAAUUAACAUCAACGUUCAUAUCUAUUGUAUUAG